AAUAUGAAACGGUGAAAGAGGAGAGAGGGAGAUUAACAAAUUUUUAAGUUUGAUAUAUUUGUUUUCCCUUCUAAAACAUUCCUCCUCCGAUGGCGGAACCUCGGUGAUCUGGCGCUCUCUCGCGCCCAUUUGUUCUUCUCCCUUCACCAUCCGAUCCCCGGAGGCUCCUUCACCCCAAUUCUCAUCUCUCUCACACCAAAAACCCAAAAAUUUAAUCCAAAACUUGAAAAUUUAUCAGUUUUCUGAUCAUUUUGAGGAAAAUAUUUGAGAGCUGGCUUAUGAGAAUCAUUCAGAGGGAGUUAGGAAAAAUCAAAAUACAAAGAUGGGGAUGAUCUCAAGGCAAUUUUUCCCUGUUUGUGAAAGCCUCUGCUUCUUUUGUCCUGCAUUGCGCGCCAGAUCACGCCAUUGCCGAGAUUUUUCCUCGCUCUCCGUUGUAAAUAUAAUGAUCGAGUCGUUGGGGUGAGGCCGAGGACAAGGUUGGCUAUGAAAAAGCUGAAGGAGGAGGAGGUGCUGCCGGAGCCGGAGAAGGAGAAGGAGAAGGAGAAGGACCGCAUGAUUGUGAUUUCGGAGAAGGAAGACUCCGAUUUGGAGGGUGAAAGGGAGGAAGAAGAAGAAGAAGAGAACAAAGUUGUGAUGGCUGACGAUAGUGGUGGCUUGAGUGCUAACAAGGUUGCUGGGCAAGAAGAAGAGAACAGUACGACGCCGUUUCCAGAAAAGGAUGAAGAACCAAAUGACCGCAAGAUCAGUAAACUGUGUGAAUAUGCCUCAAAAACUCCUCUCCGUAUUCCAAAGAUCACAUCUACUCUGGAGCAAAGAUGUUACAAGGACUUGAGAACUGAGAACUUCCACUCUGUGAAAGUGGUCAUGUGUAUCUACCGGAAGUUGUUGAUUUCUUUUAAGGAUCAAAUGCCAUUGUUUGCAAGUAGUCCACUUAGCAUUGCUCAAAUUCUGCUUGAUCAAACACGACAUGAUGAAAUACGUAUUUAAGGACCAAACUCUUUUCGACUUUGUGAAUAAUCAGUCACUAUUGGAUAAUCAGCAAGUGCAGAAUAUCACAGAGAAGGCCCGGCUUCAUAGUUUUGAAUCUAAGGAAAAGGUAUUCAGUUUUGAAAAUAUGAAAUUUGGCAGGACGAUUUUCUCUUCUUUUUCUUUUUGGGUGCUAAUGUAUAAACUUUAAUCUAUUAUUCUGGAGCAAGGGGUAGUUAAACUGAAAAAAAAAAAAAACAGCUUAAUGAAUUCAUUGAGGAAAGAAGAGGGUGAGCACGCUU